CCACUAACAAAACAGAGGAAAGCCUUUAUUGUUCUUGUCUUUUUCUUUUGCAGCUGCCACUAGUGUGCUACUGAUCUCCGGUCACCAACAGGUUAGCUAAAACAAGAUCUGUAAUCAAUUUCAGAUGUUGUCUUCAACUUUGGUUCUAAUCCCUGUGAAUAUCAGCUUAUGUUUUAUGUUGGGGGUUUCGAUUUGAACUCAAGGGUAUCUGUUCUUAUCGCACAUCCAACGUUGAAGCUUGUUAUGAUAAUUACUAGUUAGUGCCUUCGCUUAUUUCCUAUCUGCGGAUUAUGAGCUUUAUUUUGAUUUUGAAAUGAUGUGUGAGCAUAAGAGAUGGCUUUCCAGUUUUGUGGUGGUGCCAGGCUUAGUCAACUGGUAAUAAAUAGUGUUCCAAUUGAGAUUUCAGUUUCUGUUCUAGCGUGUUUUUUCUAUCUGCAUAUUUAAGGAUUAGGGUUUGGGUUUGUGUUCCAAGAAUGAGCAGUUCGGGUUUGGGUGGGGGGAUUUUGGACUUGGAGUCUCCAUUUCAUAGACACCAGCACACCCAAUUGGGUCAACAAUCAAUAACUGGUCAACAGCACAUAAAUAUUAUGAGUGGUCUUGAAAGUGAUCACCCCAUUGGCCUAAUUGAAGUGAAGAGUUUGAAUGUGGCGUUGAAUUUUGGUAAAGCAAAGGCACUUGCUCCUUCCAAUAGUAAUGAGUUGAGUGAAGAAGAUGAGCCUAGCUAUGCAGAAGAAGGGAAUUGUGAGAACCUGGAUGGUGGGAACAGCAAAAAGGGGUCUCCUUGGCAGCGAAUGAAGUGGACAGACAAUGUGGUUAGGCUUCUUAUAACAGUGGUGAGUUGUGUGGGUGAUGAUGGCACAAUUGGUGGCAUGGAUGGUCAUAAAAGGAAAUCUGGGGUUUUACAAAAGAAGGGCAAGUGGAAAAUGGUCUCCAAGAUAAUGAUAGGCAAGGGUUGCCAUGUGUCACCGCAGCAGUGUGAGGACAAGUUCAAUGACUUAAACAAGAGAUACAAGAGGUUAAAUGACAUACUUGGAAGGGGAACUUGUUGUCAGGUGGUUGAGAAUCCUGUGCUGAUGGAUUCAAUGCCUAACCUGUCAGCUAAGAUGAAGGAUGACGUUCGGAAGAUAUUGAGCUCAAAACACUUGUUUUAUAAGGAGAUGUGUGCCUACCAUAAUGGGCAAAGGAUACCAAAUUCUCAUGAACUUGAUUUACCGGGCUAUUCUCUGGAGCAUGGGAGGGACUCCAGAGAUAAUAAUGGAUCUGAGGAUGAAGAUGAGGAUAACAAUGAUAGUGAGGAUGAUGAGUCGGAUGAUGAAAUUAAUACUAAUGCACAUGAGGAUGGGGGGAGGAUGCAGGAGCUAUGUGAUAGAAAUAAAUUAAGUGACGAGGAUGUCCAUUUUGGUCCACAAACUUCUCGAAUGGAUAAAUUUGAGGUUGAAAUGGCAAGGGUUUUCCAGGACCCCACAAAGUUGUUGCGUGAACAAAGAGAGUGGAUUAAGAUCCAGAUGUUACAGCUUCAAGAGCAAAAUAUCAGCUACCAAGCCCAAGCUCUUGAACUUGAGAAACAACGGCUUAAGUGGUUAAGAUAUUGCAGCAAGAAGGACAGGGAGCUGGGGAAGCUGAGGUUGGAGAACAAAAGAAUGAAAUUAGAAAACGAGCACAGGAUCUUGAAACUGAAGCAGAAAGAGCUUGAGGCAGAUUUCAGUACAUCUGAGAUGUCUUUAGACCCUGCCUCUCUUGGAAUCAACCGGACGCAAGGGAGGGAACAUAUCAGCUUAGGCAGACAACAGUAGCUCCUUCUCUGGAAGGAUCGGUCAUUAUUGCUUAAAUGAGUGUCGUGGCAUUAGCAACUAAGCUGUGAAGCGUAAAUUCAUUUGGAAUGUGAAGAAAUAAAUGCUUUGCUAAACUAGUUGCACGCUUUACCUCAUUUAAUCGUUAUAUAUUGGCAUGUGGGGUUUUGCCAGUGACACGGAAAUAGAUGGAUGUUGCUCUAAGGCACUUGAGCUCUUAUUGGUCCUCAAUUCAUCAUUGAUGUGGUUUUAACUUGUCUUUUAUCAACAUAAUUGUAACUGUGUUACAUUUGUAUCCACAUACCACAUGCGUGCGUGAUUUAAUUUUUGGUCUUGUAAAUUAACCUGGGGGUAAAAGGUUACCAGCAUCCCAAGGUGUGUCACCAACUUUGUUGUAACAUUUUUUUGGUACAGACAUUAUUGUAACUUUGUUACAUUUAGUAGCUACAUGAAGUAUGCUUGAUUCGUUUUUUAGUUA